GUCAGCUGACUGCACUAGAGCUAAAGCAGCUUCACUGAUGCCCAUUGAUGCUUUAACUUGGUUAGGAGUUAUAAGGGACUCUGUGGUUGAUGAGAGACAACUUGCAGAAUAUUUUCUGGCUAUCCUCAGCUUGAGUGACGAGUACAAGAAAUGGGCAAAGUUAUCUACCUUCGAGAACAAUAGAUUAUUUGCUGAUUAUAUGGUAGAGAGUUCUGGAAGCUCUGAAUUGGACAAAAGACGUAGAAAGCAAAGUCCUAAAGAUCACACACAGGAUUCCAUUGUGCAUAAUGUUCGACGAACACUCUUUGAGGUAAUUUCAUCUUUCCAUGGUAAUCUGGAAGAUGAAAAGGAAUUGGAACGGCUCAUUGAAACACAGUUCACAGCCUUGCAGCAAGCUUUUCACGUUCCUUCCGCAUCAGAUGAAGAUGGACAUAACACAGUUUCUUUCAAGUUACUUAAUUUAUAUCGAACUGGAAGGCUUGGCCAUUAUACUUUAGACUUUCUUCCAAGGAAUGCUUCAGGACUUGUUUCAAUGUGA